AUGAAGAGCCUAGAUGCUGAUGGGGUUCUUUCAGAUAGGAGUGAGUGUCAAGACUCCAAAAUUAACCAGGCUGGGGGCUCUGCUGCAUUUUUUGAUGAUGGCCAAACUGAAAAGCCUACAGCAUCAGAGAGUGUAACAACUUCAAAGGUUGAGACUAGUUUAGCUGGAGGAGCAGCCGACUGUUCUUUGAAUAACAUUUUGCCUUCAAGAUCAGGAUUGAAUGAAGAUGUGGCUGUGUCACAUGGAGCAAGAACUUCAACAGAGAAAUCAAUUUCUGGUACUGCUGAAGAAACAGAGCAUCAAAGUUGUUCCCCAGAGAGGACAGUGCCCUCUGAGCCAUAUGCUCCACAAAAAACACAGAUAUUAGCUGUUCAAUCUGUUAGCAGGAAUGAUUCGACUGAAGAUAUUGUUUCAAAUGUAGAGAUAGAUGUUGGUUCUCCGAGUAUGGAAGUUGAUAAAGAGUCAGGCGCAGAGCAAACUGUUAAUGGCAGAAUAGUUGAUGGUACUAAGCCGAGCCAUGAAAGCUCACAGGAAAAGAAUUCAGAUACACUACAUCUUACUGGAUCCGAGAAAAAAGGAGGUGAAAGCAAAUGGACAGGUGGUGAAAUCCAAACUGAUAAUACAGUAGAGGCUGAGCCAAUGCCUGAUGAUUCCGAUACCGAAACUACUUCCAUCAGAAGCCUUUCAGGGACAGCACCGCAAGAAUGCAAUAUCAGCAAGGAUAUCCAGGAUUCAGCUUCAAAACUUUUGGUUACAUUGGCAAGUGAAACUGUGGCUGAUAAAAUUGUUCCCAUAAAGGAGAAAGAAUCAGGAGAUGUGCGUUCUAAGUUUUUUAGUUCUAGCAAACCUGUGCCUAAGCUACAUCACCCAUCCACAGAAGGUGUGGCGGUUUCUUCAUCUGGGAGCAAAGGAAUUUAUGCUAUGCAAUCAAGUCAUCCAGAAAUUGGUAAAAGGCAGAGGCUCCCUGCAAUUGAUGCACACCUGGGGCGAAAAUUGGUUGGGGAUUCAAAAUCACCAUUUAGGGAAUUAUCAAAGGGUGAACCUGCUUUACUGGGAAUUGAAAAGAAUGUAAAAACUCUAUGCAAUAUCAGUGACAGUGUCCCUUAUAAUCUCAUCAGGGAAAGUAUUAACUGCGAUGGUGUACAAAAUGGCUGCAAAGCAGUUGUUACUCCAAUACCUCCUGUUGAUAAAGAAGUGCCAAAAGGGAAUCCUGCUGGGCUAGGAAGCAAAAUGAACACUAAAGACCUUCAUAAUUUUGGUUGUGGAAUUAUUCAUGCUGGGUUAACUGAUAAGACAACAAAGUCUAAUACUCAGACAAGUGAAAAGUGCAGAAUUGUGGUUUCAAGCAUUGCAUCGAUGAGGAACUCAAAGAUAAUUUCUGCUGAAGUGCUUAAAGACGUGAAAAAGACACCUGAUCUUUCUAGCUUGAAAAUUUCCAAGAGUAUGGGAUCGAUGAGGAACUCAACGAUAAUUUCUGCUGAAGGGCUUAAAGCUGUGAAAAAGACACCUGACCUUUAUAGCUUGAAAAUUUCCAAGAGUAUGGGAGAAAACAAACGUCCAAAUGCUAUACGUGAAAGGGAAAUCAGUUUCUCACGAAACUCAGAGAAAAACAUGGAAGUAAACAGAAAUAAUGCAUCCAAGAUUAUCCUUCCUGUUGUCAAUGCUGAGAAAAAAUCGCCGCUGAUAACAUCUUUGAAGCGUAAAACAAUUGAGGCAGUGAAUGCAGAUCUAGUGCUCUCAAACCCUCCCAAACGUCUCUCAUUGUCUCCUAGAGAAAACAGAAACUUUAAGGAAUGUUCAGAAAGCAUUGUUGAAGAUCAGGUUUGUGAUAAUGGUGAUCGAGCAGGAAGUAAGACCUCCACUGUUUUUUAUGACCAUUGCUCUGGACUUCAGAGAACUCAGGAGUUGAACAUUAAAGAUAUUGACAUUUCUUCGGCAAUGGAAAAUGAUGGAAAUGUCAAAAUGGCUGAAGCAUUUGCGAAAGAGCUUGAGGAUCCGUCUAUGGAGAAGUUUCACUUCUAUGGUUUAGAAGGCCAACUGAAUAAUGUUUUUACCUUGGAUUUUUCACUCUCAGGCUCAAUAUUCACUAUCAGUGGUGGUUUCAUAGGAGUUGAUAGUUUCCCUUCUGGUCUGUUUAUUCAGUUAUUAGAUUCCAAGACAGGGGAAACUUUGAGUGUAUCUUAG